GCACAUAAAGUGUGCCCAGAUUACUUUCUGGACUUGCAGUAGAGCACUUCUUCUUCCUAACAGGCUACAAACAGCUACAGCUACAGGAACCAUGGCAUUGCGGCCCCGAGCUUCCUCCCAGCCAGGAAAACCUUCCCUACUCCAGAUUCCCAGGGCAGUGUCAUCUCUUCGACCGCGGUCUGUUUCCUCCCGCUCAGGCUACACGCUAGAAGAGGAGCUGUCUUGUUCGGUCUGCUGUGAGAUAUUCAAGGAGCCUGUGGUGCUGAAGUGCAGCCACAGCUUCUGCCGGGCCUGUCUUCAGCAGUUCUGGAACAAGAAGAAAGCCAGACGUGAGUGUCCUAUCUGCAGGAGGAAGUGCUCUCUGACGGAGCCCAGAGUCAGCCUGGCCCUGAAGAAUGUGGCCGACACCUUCCUGAGCGAGCAGGAGUGGAGAACAGCUGGGACGGGAGCCGGCAGGACGGGGGUGGAAUUGAAGGUGGUGGAGGAGAAGUGUGUCACACACAGUGAAGUUCUCAAACUCUUCUGUCUGGAUGACUUUGAAGUCCUUUGCUGUGUGUGCCACACCUCCAAGAAGCACCAGGGACACAGAGUUUGUCCCCUGGAAGAAGGAGCCCAGGAUCUCAAGGCAGAGCUGCAGAAAGAGCUGAUUCCUCUCAAGAAAACCCUGCGUCACCUUUACGAAGCCAAGCAGGAGUGUGAUGACACAACUGUGCACAUCAAGAACCAAAUUCAGGCCACUGAGAAGCAAAUCAGAGAGGAGUUCGAACAGCUUCGUGAGUUUCUACAGAAAGAGGAAGAAGCACGUCUGACUGCCUUGCAACGGGAGGAUGAGGAGAAGAAAGAGCUGAUGAGAAAGAAGUCUGAGAGCAUCAGCAGAGACAUCCUCAUCUUCUCCCAUGCUGUUAUCACCAUUGAGAAUGAAACUGCAUCCAGUGAUGUUUUGUUCCUUCAGAAUUACACCAACACAAAGAAAAGAGUGCAGAUCACUCACAAGGAUCAAGAGAAAGUAUCAGGCGCUCUUAUAAACGUAGCCAAGUAUGUCAGUUCUCUUAAGUACCAUGUGUGGGAGAAGAUGGUGGAACUGGUUCAGUACACCCCCAUCACUCUAGACCCAAACACUGCCUACUCCUGGCUGUCGCUCUCCUCAGACCUGACCUGUGUAGCUAACAGUGGAUCCCUGAAGCAGCUGCCGGACAAUCCUGAGCGUUUCGGCCACUUUGUGUUCGUGCUGGGAUCAGAGGGCUUUACUUCAGGGCGCCACGCCUGGGAGGUGGAGGUGGGUGACAAGGUGGACUGGAUGUUAGGGGUGGUCAAGGGGUCCAUCGACAGGAAAGGCCGCAUCUCUGGCUGCCCCGAGGGCGGCUUUUGGAUGAUCUCACAUUCCGAGGGUGAGUACUCGGCCAUGACGAGGCCUAGCACCACCCUACAUUUGGAAGGGCAGCUGAGUCGGGUCAGGGUGCAACUGGACUACGAGUCAGGGGAGGUGGCCUUCUCCAAUCCUGUGAGCAUGACACCCAUCUACACCUUUACUGACUUCUUCACUGAAAAGAUGUACCCCUUUUUCUGCCCUGGAACCAACAUUGAUGGAAACAACCCAAAGCCUCUUAAAAUCUGCCCUGCUAAGGUUGCUGUGUGGAACAGUGCAACCUGGUGAUCUGGCUUGAGUAGAAACAACAUAUCUCUUCACGUUUGUGUGUAAAAUGAACAUGAAACAAGUGAAAUAAUUACAGGACUGAUUUCUUUAUUUGACUUGGAUUCGUUAAGUGAUUGACUAAAAACCUAUAAGCAACAAGUGGCUGUUUAAAGCAGUAAAUGACACCUCUGCCAUCAGAGAAAGCUCCAUUCUGCCUCCCAAUCUGGGAAGCCAGCACCCAAUCAUGAGCUUCAAUCUCCCCCUAGUGGCCAAAAAUGCACACAAACGCAGAAUUGACUUCACUCCUGUUUCCAUAAGCAAAAACCAGUUUACUGAUUUCACAGCUAUAUUCACACAUGCCCAGGUUUGCUCAUAUUAAAAUAAUUAAGAAAAUUUUUUUUAAAUGAAAAACAAAACAAAACAACAACUUCUGAACAAAAUAUAAACAUACACGAUUAGAAAUUACGCAAUGGGUUUGCUACUCUUUGUUUCAGAUGUGGAUGAUAGAUGUGGUCACUGGGGUUCCCUUGCAAGAAAGUCAUAUACAGAAUAAUAUUUCAUAACCAGAAUCUUUCUACAUGUGUGUGUCUCCUGUUGUCAGAAACCACACAUAGAUCACAUGGACACCCGGCUAUUACAAGAAUAUGUAAAAAUCAUACAUCCUGAUGUUGCUAUUCUACUUCUACCAUUAAUAAACUUUGAGAGCAGACUCGUCUUCCUCUACAUUGUUUCAUUGCAUCCUUUAUAUGGAGGUACUGUGGAGGGCGGCGGAAAGUUGCUGACUAACCUCUCCUCCACCCAUGUCAGUGUGUAGUCAGCUAGGGUGUUGCAUUGAAAAACAGGAUCUUUUUUAAACACUAAAGAAGAGUGGCUAAAAAAAGUAAUGAACAGGUAAAAAGAACAGUAAAUGCACAAUUGAGGAUUAUACAUGAAGUGUUGCAGGUUGUUCCUCGCUUGGAGGAUGCAACUAGAAACUGGAGGGAAGAAAAUCAGCAAAAGAAAAAAAUGAAGCUUUUUUUUUUGUUUUUGUAAAUGCCAUGUACAAUCUUAGUGAUUUAGAAGCAGUGUGACAUUUAACGCGCCACCCUUACAGUCAUGUUCACAAGGCCCUUGACAUUGUGUUCUGCAUGCUGUCAGGACUGGUGUUCUGCUGAGUGCCAGUGACUGGGAACUUGUUAACCAGCAGGUGGAGACCUCCUGUUCCCACGUGAGAGUCCACCUGCUGGGUGCACUGGUUUAUGCAACAAAGGUCAGAGUUGUCUUGACAAAGAGACGCAUCAGCCGCAGACAGUGAUGGAUAUCAGAUGAAAACGUAUCAAAACACUGAGCUAUUCAUCGAGGUGAGGCUGGUUUGUGCCAAGACACGGGAGCAGGAUGGAGAUUUUGAGACAAUGAAGCGCUCUUAUCCAGACAGGUGAGAGAAAUGAUGUGAGGAUGCUUCUUUAUUAGUGUUUGUAAUUUUUUAAAUUCAGAGAAAAUACUUUUAUCAUUCAAAAGAUAAGAAGACUCCCAUAUAUUUCUUUUUACUUUUAUCAGUGCAUGGGGUUUUGCUUCAGUAACACUUUACAAUACUGGACACAAAAUUUGCUUUGUUACUAGGGAACGCCUUAGGGGCAAAUAGGGUACUAAUGGGUAGUUAACUAGUACUUACUGGUGCCCACAAAGACCAGGCUUAUUGGGGAACUACUGGUUAGUUAUCAGGGGAACAUAAGAAAUUCUUCAUAUGAGUACUGGAUUAACUCUGACCCAGUGAGUGAACAGCUCAUUAUGUCAAAACCCUGUUUACUAGUGGUUAAUGAUCUCUCUUUUGGAAAACGUUGUAAGGAUGAAAAGUAGUACCACUUUAAUAUUCUUGUACUGCUGUGUCCUCUUUACUUGCUCAUAACUUAGUAAGUAAGAAGUCAUUACGUAAUCACUGACUCGUCAUUAUUUAUUAUAUUGUUUACCUUUAUGUAAAGUUAAACAUCAUACCGAGUACUUACUGAGGAACACAUCAUAAACUAAUCAGUACCUGACCAGUACCUACUUGUGAACUUUCAUGAUCAUUUGCUAAAGGGCACUUAAAGGUCCCAUAUUAUUCAAAACUCACUUUCUAAAUGAUUUCUAACAGUCGUGUGUGUCCUCAUAGCCUGUGUAUGAGGCCUAAAAAUGAGAACAUUCUGUC